ACGUUCGCCCAAUAUGGCGCAGCUCAUACGUUCGUGUUUUCGACCCCCGAGUGAAGUGCUUUAGCUUUAGCCUGAAGUUCUUCCGACGUUGCAUCGGAUCAGAGUCGCUUGACUGCAUCCCAAAUGUUAUUUACGUUUUCUACAUGUGUAUCAACAUCAAAGUGUGUACUUAGAACCAGGUAUUCGUCGAAAAUUUCCGCUCUGCUGCAUGUAUCAUCGUUGAAGAUGAGCACCAAACCAUUCGUACUUGUUACCAUGACUGGUAUUGCCGAAGAGGCUUUAAAUAUACUUGGCGAAAGAUGUACAGUAGAAGUCUGGCCAAAGAAAACGCCGAUGUCGAGGCCGGAUCUUAUUCAACGAAUUGCUGGAAAGGAUGCUCUGUUCUGCUUCUUAACCGACAAGAUUGAUGCAGAACUACUAGGUGCUGCAGGAUCACAGUUGAAGGUUAUCGGAACAAUGUCCGUGGGUUACGACCAUAUAGAUAUUGGAGAGUGCCAUAAAAGGGGCAUUAAAGUAGGAAAUACACCAAACGUUCUGACGGAUGCUACGGCUGAACUUGGCAUGGCACUGUUACUAUCCACAACUCGAAGGUUAUUUGAGGCCCACAAUGAAGUGAUGAGCGGUGGCUGGUCAAGAACACCGUGGAACCCGUCUUGGAUGUGUGGUACAGAGAUCAGAGGUUCUACAGUUGGAAUUGUUGGCAUGGGAAAUGUAGGUUUUGCAAUUACAGAACGGCUGAAACCCUUCAAGGUUGGUCGCUUCCUCUACUUCUCCAGACACCCAAAGCCACAUGCCGAUGCCGUGGGAGCCGAGUUCACAUCUUUUGCUGCUCUGCUGCAGCAGUCAGACAUCAUCAUUGUGACCUGCGCACUAAAUCCAGACACACGUGGCCUAUUCAACAAGUCUGCCUUUGCCCAAAUGAAGAAGACUGCGAUUUUGAUCAAUAUAAGCAGAGGAGCAGUAGUCGACCAGGAUGCACUGUAUGAAGCACUAGCGAAGAAGCAGAUAUGCGCGGCUGGUCUGGAUGUCAUGACCCCUGAGCCACUGCCACCUGACCAUCCUCUUACCAAGCUAUCAAACUGUGUUUUGUUGCCUCAUAUUGGAAGUGCAACGGAAAGGACCAGAAGAGACAUGGCUCUCCUUACUGCAAGAAACAUAGUGUUUGGGCUUGAUGGAAAGCCACUACCAUCUGCAGUCUGCUGAAGAAUGUAAAGUUGAAUAAAAUUUAGCCGGGUGUAA